AUGGCUAUCAUAUCAGGGAAGUGGCUAUUUGUAGUUUCAGUUUUAGUAGUUAGCUCAUUCUUAGAGCUCACUAAUGGAGAUCAACUCACUGAUGAAUAUUCAUCUCAUGAUCCAACUCUUCAUGAAUCUUUAAGAUUUAGGAUUCCACAUCGACAUAGACAUAGUCAUCCCCCUAGUCCUCGGCCUAAGAGGCCACCACCUACUCCGCCAACUGAGGAGCCACCAGUGGAGGAGCCACCAACCCUUCCUCCACCAGUUGAGGAGCCACCAGUGCUUUCACCGUCAGGUGAGGACCAACCAAUGCCUCCGCCACCAGGUGAUGAGCCACCAGCGCUUCCACCAUGUCGCUGUGACGCGCCGUCUCCAUCACCAUCACUAGUUGAUGAUCAGCCUUGA